AUGAAGUCAACACCUACACCGUUAUUAAAAGGAGAAAUAUUGGAGGCUCUUCCAGAAAGAGAGCAACCUAACGACUCAACAAGAAUAGUUCUUGCUGUAAUCGAUAGGGAAAAAAUACGUCUUGAAUGUCAUUUAGAAGACGUACGGCGACUUACGAACGAAGAUGCUGACCUACUCUUGGCUAUUUGUUCAGUAGGUUUGAGAUACCAGUGUUAUUUUGAUAGGAAACGUUUAGAUUUCGGGAGACAGAUCUCACCCGGAAGUCAGGUGUUUGUGGAAGUGAAAGGAGUUUCCAAGAAAUUACACGGAACUGUGUGGUACGUUGGUGAAUUGGUAGGCCUCCGUGGAACCAUGUUUGGCGUAGAGUUGACGGUAAGUAGGAAGUGGAACCUCGAUGUAAUGGCCAAGGGACUGGCAACCAUCACUAUAACAAGGUUUUAAUAUAUAGAUUUAACCAGGGCUAAAAGCGAAGCUCUCGAUAAUAUUAAUCGUGUAACGCUAAGUGGCGAAGGGAACACCGGAGAACGGUGAAAAACAACAAUAGGUCUAAUUAGCAAAAAAGCAAAUUUGCACGUGCAGCACACUUGUUUUUGUACAGUUCUUUGCCGUUGUUUUGCACGACCUAAAACGUGAAACUUCCAGAAAUUUCUUAGUUACAUGUUUUAUGGAGGAAAUGUCGUACGUGUUCUCGUUCCUGACUUUGUUUUUCUAUGCCGCUCAUUUUCACCCUGCAUUGGUGGCCGCUAGAAUUUUUCAUUUUGUCACAAAAUUUUCAUGUUGUUCUUCCAAAAAAGAUGUCUCCUUUGUUUUUAUCUCUCGCUCUAGAUCUCUGUCGCCCUUUUUCUCUGAACAAGGCCACUGGCCUUGAUAACAUCUCAUGUCGGCUUCUAAAAGAAGCUGGCCCAAUUAUUGCCACUUCUUUAGCCUGUAUUAUAAACAAAACCGUAGAUACUGGCCUCUUUCCUUCACUGUGGAAAAUGGCUAAAGUAUUUCCUUUGUUGAGCUAUUUUGAAAAAAUAGCUCAUAUGUCAGUGGCGUGAGGAUAUUUAUUUCUGUGGCUUUGUAUCUUUGUAUGUUCGGAUGUUUGUUUCAAGAGCCAAUAAGGUUGAAACUACUAUGAGUUUAUGCUUAGGAACCAAUGAGAUCUUGGCAUCUACUUCUACUUUUUUUUUGUCUUUUAUUACGGCGACAUUAGUUUGGAAACAUUAUAUUAAAUAUCUUCAUGACUCAAACGCUGUGUACAGUGAUGCAGCUGUUUAAGGGUUCAUAUUUUAGUGUGGAUGCUACUUCAAGACAUUUCUGACUGAAUUCGGCUAUCGCGAACGGUACCACGAACGUAUUUAUGAGUUGUGUUUCAUCUGCUUCAAGGUAGAGUAUAAAAGAUCAUAUAUUUUCAAAGCUCUUCUAGUGAAGCAAUAAUUCGGGUAUUUAGAUAUGAACUUUAAUUCAAAAGUAUGCGGCCUAUAAAAUGUGGUUUUAGAAGUUUGAAGGCAGCUUAUUUUUUUAAAUCCGUACUGAGUAUUGUUAAUCCUGUAAACAAGCCGUAGAAUUAUUAUUCUCUUGCUUACAGAGUUCAACAGACCUUUUUCCUUCCGGCAAAACAAAACCAAAAAAAAGAAUAAUAAGUGAACAACAUGAUACAUCCUUCCUGCAUACUAAGCAUUAUAGUCAUUGAAAUGUAUUUUAUUUAGUAAAGAUGCGUAACUUAAGUAGAAACAGUAGUGUUAGGGAAUAAAAUUGGAAGAAGCUAGUUGACACAAUAAUUAGAUACUGCUUUAUUGAGUGGAGUAACAUGAUAUGAGCAGAAAUAUAUUUCAGCAGUUUGAUAAUUUUCUUGGAAGUCAAUAAAUGUUAGGCUAUCAACCUUGACGUUGCAUGAAACAUAAGUUAAUUGCAGAUGUUGUAAUGAAGCUGAGGUGAUUUCUUAAAAUCAUUUGAGAAAAUUUUAUAGUAAACAAUUUGCGUGUUUUUUUUACUUACGAAUUGUAAAAGGCCAAAGACCAACAUCUUCACGUGCAAAUUGUGUGCAUGAGUUAUUUUUAUAAUUCUGUUUACUCGAUUACUGUGUGAUAACUUGAAUUCCCUCACGUACAAACCACGAUAGGGGGCAAAGUCCAACACUUUCACGUGCCAGUUUGGUGACUGUACAUCUCAUGCAGAUUGACUUUUCACAAUACUAAUAGUAACUUGAACGUAUGAAGACCUGUUUCGUUUUGUAACCAAUGCCUUAAAAAAGGCUCUUUUCUUUUAAGAAGCAAUAGCUUUUAAAACAUGAAGAAAUAAGUUGUCCGAGUUAAACACUGUUUCACUGAGUAGAAUCGCACGUGAAAACCUCGUGAAUUGUGAUGAUGUAACCAUCUAACACAAUGAUAAGAAUCCUGGUAUUUCUUAACUACUUGAAUUUGAUGAGUCACAUUUUGGCUUAAGAAACUCCGGGGAAACCUUAGAGUUUUCCUUCUAAUCAACGUUUGGUGAGUAGAUAUAUAUUUUACUUUAACAAUUUGUUUAACUUGCACCAAAUGUAACAGGGAAAGACAGAGGAAAGUGAAUAUAUAGCAUGAGGAUCGACGCAGCUGAGUGUUUUGCAUUUUCAUUUAUGUACGGCAAUACUUAAUUUCACACAAAAACCCAGUGUACAUUUAGGACAAAAAAGGUAGAUUCAUCACUCUUGGUAAGGUUACACUGAAGCAUUAAAGUUACACCGAAGCAUUCAAAAUAGCUCAUGCACGUUUAACGUGCCUAUUUUAUAAAAAGGAUGAUCGCACAGAUGCACAAAAUUAUAGACCAAUAUCUGUCUUGCCAGCCAUUUCUAAGAUUUGUGAAAGGGUAGUCUAUGAUCAACUAUACCGUUACUUAAAUUCAAAUGGCCUGUUAACAAAAAAACCAGUCUGGAUUUCGUUCCCUUCACUCUACAGUGACAGCGUUGAUACAUUUCACAAAUAAUUGGUAUCUUAACAUUGACAAAGGCAUGACCAAUUUGAUUGUGCAUCUCGAUCUUGCCAAAGCCUUUGAUACCAUUUCACAUAAUAUUUUAUUAAAAAAGCUUGAGCUCUAUGGUCUGAAGGGUGUAACGCUCGACUGGUUUUCAGCGUACCUAUCAGAUAGGCAUCAGCAGUGUGUAGUAGAGGGCUGUGUAUCUAUGCCCCAGUUGAUAAGUUGUGGACUUCCACAGGAAUCAAUUUUAGGCCCUUUGUUGUUUUUAAUACAUUCCCUGGAUGUCUUCUCCAUACCAAAGCACACAUGUAUGCCGAUGAUACCACGAUAAAUGCGUCCUCUGUAUCCACUGCUGAACUAUAUGCCAAGGUAAAUAAUGACCUAACUCACGUUAGGGACUGGCUUCUUGCAAAUAAGUUAAGCUUAAAUGUCACUAAAACAGAGUAUAUAUUUUUAACAACUACCUUCAAAUUAUCUAACUUAGGAAGAGACUUUCCAAUUAAGAUUGGCAACAAUCAUGUUAAACAAGUCCAAGCAACAAAAUAUUUAGGAAUUCACUUAGAUGAAAAUCUUAAAUGGAACGAGCAUGUUGACAAACUUUGUUCAAAAGUCAAGUGAUCCAUCAGUGGUCUUAAACAGGCACGUGAUUAUGUACCAUUGGUUGUUCUAAAUACUAUUUACAAAUCCCUUAUCCAGCCUGUGUUCGACUACUGCGACGUUGUUUGGGACAAUUUAGACCAAGGACUUGCCAGUAGGAUCCAGAAAUUACAAAAUCGUGCUGCACGCAUAAUAACCUUUCAAGGUUAUGACGUUCAUUCAGCACAAAUACGAAAACAACUAAACUGGGAAGAGCUUGCCUCAAGGCCUCAAAGGCACUUAAGUCUAUUAAUGUAUGAUACAGUGAAUGGAAGUAUACCUAGUUACUUAAGCGAUCUUCUCUCGAAUGUCUGUGAGAUCAACCCUUAUAAGUCUAUGCUAAGAAAUACAGAAUAUAAUGUUGUACUGAACCACAUUCCAAAAACAGAAUAUUAUAAAGGGUCUUUCUCAUACAGCGGAGGAAUGCUGUGGAAUUCAUUACCAAAUGACGUAAAAGCAUCCAAAUCUAAAGCUAUCUUUAAAAGAAAACUGGCUAGUUAAGGCAGGCAAACUGUCGACUACAUUUUACUAUAUUUUAUUAUUUUUACAUAUUUUUAGUGUAGUUGUAGAGUAUUUACUUCUGUUUCUAUACGGCUUUCAUGUGAAGAAGUUAUGUAUCAAUCAAUCAAUCGAUCUCAUUGAACUUCGCUGGCCUGCUGCCUACUUUCUCUUUUCCUGUCUGUCUCUUGCUCUAUAUUCCAAAUUUGUGGACAUGACAAUUAAUCUAGGCUUAAUACUUUAGACAACACGGAUAGAGAAACAAUUUCCGCUUUCUGUUUUUGUCUUUGUUGACUCUUUAGUUGUCUCUGCUUUACAAGAUGCCGGUGGCUAUGCGAUUUCCCACCAAAAUAACCUCCAGUUGCAUUUGCCAUACCUGUUGAUUGAGUUAUUUUACAUUGGUAUGCCUCUGCUGCAAAUGGUCAGGCGGGUGGGCAUAUGGUCACGUGAUUACCAAAUUUUCUCAAAUGGUUGCAAAAAAAUAUCAUUCAUUAUUCUUGGACUUUGUUAUUAUAGAGGAUUAAAAGGUUUUACUGUAUGUCCUCUUUGUAAACAGAGCCCAGGCCCCAGUUGUUCAAAGGGUGAAUUGUGGUCGUUUCACGUGAAAGCGAAUUUGGCCGAAGUUGUUUCGCCCAGACAUAAGUCAAUUUGCCCAAUGACAAUCAACACUCUGCAGCACGGAUUAUCAGUGAUGCUUUUUAGUUAAGCUUGGAAUCUAUUGCUGUAAUCGUGUAACGAUUCAUAUUCCUUGCGAUUCGAUUCGAUUUCGAUUAUGUAAAUGUUUCUUAAUUCUUAUAACAUAAUGUAAACGCAUAACGCAUAAUGUAAACAACAUGCAACCCUAAACCCUCAAUUUGAGAAUAGUAGCAGGGACAGGAGGAUUCACAGUCGCUUGGUUCAUCGCCAUGUUUGAGAACCUGACAAAGAGCGUG